UCGAGCAUAAUGGUCACGGUGGUUUCAUUAUUGCUUUUCUUAAUUGUUUGGGAUAUUCUCUACUCGGAUAUUUCCAGCGUGAAGAGCAGUGUAGAAGACCUUUCAAGUACUAUUCAGGAAGAGGCCAGUAAGGAAGGCAUCGCUAUGACCAGUCUUUAUCUUUCGGUGAACACUGUGAGCUCGUUGAACUCGUCUAUAACGCAGGGACUGAUCAACUACCUGAAUUAUGCGGACAGAUACGCACGCACAGGAGACGAUACUUACUUUACUGAUAUGCUCAAUGAGCUCACAAGCGUGGAAAACGCCACUUCUCAAGCGCUUUCAACUUUAAACUCUAUGCUUUCUUCAAGUAGCACGCUAAACAGCUCAUCCGCUACUUUAUUGAGUUCUCUUAUUUCAGAUGCGAAAAGCAGUCUAACAGCAGUUCAAUCUGUGACUACGUAUGUCUCUUCAAUGGACAAGAGCACGACUGAAUCGAUGGAAGUAGUGAGUUCUUCCAUUUCGACAUUGCAAUCGCAACUCAAUUCACAGGUGUCGUCACUUCGUGGGCUCAUAUAUUCUCUAGAAAACAAUUUCACCGUUUCAAGCACGUUCACUAGUGAAUCGGGAGAUCUUGUACUUGGAGGUCUGGAUACAACGUGGUCGUCGGUGGGACUUAACUUGCCUUCUUCAGAUGAAUGGUCGCUGUCUCUCAAGUCGAACGAAGUUUUGGAAGUAUCGACUUCUGGAGUUCAAUGGAAUGCAGGCGACUUUUCUGUGUCUUUGUCUUCCGAUGGGUCGUUUGUCAUGAACGACGGUUUUACGGCAGGCAUUGUUAACCAAGAAUCUCCAUUAGUGGAAUUUAACAACAAUUCGAUCAAUUUAUUGAAUGGUGUGAUGUCUUUAUCACCUGCCCUUAUAACCGUGACUGUUGACGAAGGAUCUUCCAGUCUGCGGUGGACUGGAGAUAAUUGGGGUCUUACUGUUGGUGAAGGACGAAUUCAGAUGUCUGAGAACGAUGUCUCUUUGAGUGGUCUUGACACCGUGAGCUUCACAGAAGACCAAGUGACAAUUGCAGUUGGAAAUGGUUCUUCUUAUUUAAGUUGGAAUCCAACUCAGUUUUCGGUUGGUUUCGUGGAUGGAGGCCUCCCUGCGAUGACUCUAUCGAACAAUCAGUUACUUUUCGGCCAGGUAGACACCCUCGUUUUUUCAUCAGGACAAGUGAACUUUACGAAUGACUCGGGUGAGGUUAUCAAUGUAGGAAGCGGUGUAGUGUCUACUUCAACCUUGAAUUUUUCUGAAACGCUUACGUCCUCUUCCCCCUAUCCUUUGGAAUUUGUGAAUUCUAGCGUCACUUUGACUGUAGAUGGG